CCGGCGGUGGAGGGAGGACGAGACAGAGCCCCGCACUCUCUCGUUUGCCGCGCUUCCCGAUCGGCCAGCUAAUCCGACCAGACAGCAGCGGCAAGCCGCCGCCGGCACGCGACCGACGUUCAGGUUCCUCAAGGACUCGCCGCGCUGCUGAGUGCUCCCACGAGGCUUGGCGCCCGUCUUCGGAGAAAACCGUCAGGGGCCUGUCCUGGACGGCGCCGCCUUCUGGAAGCGUCCUCUUCCUCGAACGGAGAAGUGGUGACGUUCGCUGGACAUUUGAUGAAAUGCUGGAAGAGACUUGUAGUGUGUGACAUCCCCUGAACUGCGCCUUUCUCCUGGAAGAGACAAGUGGCGGCGUCCCCUUGGCAUUUGGUGGACGGCUAGAAGACACAAGUGGUGACGUCCACUGGACAUUCAGUGAAUGUCUUGGCAGAGACGAAUGGUGAGUGACGUCCCCUGGACUGUGCGUUCCUCUUGGAAAAGGCAAGCGGUGACGUCCCCUGGACGUUUAGUGAACGGCCGGUAGCGACAAAUUGUGAAAUCCACUUGGUGACGUCCACUGGACGUUUCGUGGACAGCUGGUGCAUACAAGUGGUGACGUUCACUGGAAAUUUGGUGAGUGGCUGGAAGAGACAAGUGGUGGCAUCACCUGGACGUUUGGUGAAUUACCGGAAGAAACGAGUGUGAACGGCUGGAUUACGGGAUGUUAGUGUGUGCAAAGUGGGGGCUCCGACACGUGUACCCGGAUUAGCGACAAGUCAUCGCUUGUGGUGGUUCCUUCAUCUGUGGCGCGCGAGUGCUAUUGAAUAGGACCUCCGCAACGCGCCCUCCUGGAUUACGCCUACCACCGGGACCGGAGAAACACGAGUGACACGUCAUCCCGUCGUGAUCGCUUCUGGCAGCGACGCACCAGAAAAUGGUGGCCGUCUAGUCCGCUCGCCGCGGACUAAGCGAGCCUCGAUAACGUGUCCACUGCAACGUUGCCCGCACUGUAAUGUUCUUACAAGGAUAGGCGAACGAAAGUUAGGGUUAGUUGGCCAGCAUGCCGUCGACACCGCGACGGGGAGGAUUCCCCGACGACAGCUUCUUCCCGAAGAAGGUGAUCGAACUGGUCACCAUGGAACCGAGCGGGAGUCGCCGCAACCGACAGCAGUCCGCGGUGGAACCAGGCCCGGUCUUCGACGACGACAGUUGCUCCGGGGACGGUUCGGACUCCGGCACGGACCCUCUGGAGAACAAUCCGGGCAUCCAGGCAGCCGUGAGCAAGGUGCUCCAGAGUUACGACUGGUCGCUGGUUGCCAAGACCACGCGCCAGGGUGGCUCCGAGAAGAAACGUCUGCACGUCAAGAGACCAAUGAAUGCCUUCAUGGUCUGGGCGCAGGCGGCGCGCCGCAAGUUGGCCGAUCAGUAUCCUCACCUGCACAACGCGGAGCUCAGCAAGACGCUCGGCAAGCUGUGGAGGGUGCUGGGCGACGACGAGAAGCGUCCGUUCAUGGAGGAGGCCGAGCGACUACGAUGCAAGCACAAGAAGGACCACCCAGACUACAAGUACCAGCCCCGGAGGAGGAAAGGCGGCAAGGGCUUCGAGCCUUCCGCGGCGCCAGCCCCGGCCGCCGGCAAGGGCCGGACGGCCGGCAGAGCGUCGGCCACCGCCACCGGCACCCAGCACGGACACGCAGUAUCCGCAGGCUCCAGGGGUCAGCCAUCGCACCUGUCGCCACACCAGUCACACCAGCAACAGCAACAGCAGCAGCAACAGGAGCAGCACCUGCUGCACCAGCAGCCACCGCACCAGCAGCCGCCUCUUCAGCGACCGGAGUGCGCGGCGUCUUCUGUCGAACCGUGUCCAUCUUCAGAGCAGCGGCACGUCCUUCAGGACUGCGGCUCUGGACCCUGCUCGUCGGCAUCCACGCCUCCGUACGCCAGGACGGCUCAGGGCGUGCCGUCACUGCAGAGUCCUCCGACGCCUCCCACGACACCGCAGCAGGCUCGCUUCGUCACCUCGUCCUCGGUGGUGCACGAUCCCCUGGCCCUGGGCUCGGCUCUCCAAGUCGACUGCGCACCUCAGCACAGGGGUCAGUAUCCCAGAGCCGUCCUCAACGGCCCACUCAGCUCCCAUAAUCCUUACGUGCGAAGGUAUCUUGCCACUAAGUCGCAUUUUCAAAUGGUAGCUAUCGCCCGAUAA